AGAGCCAGCAACAACACGAGUGAUUUCUGGCUUAACAGAAUCUGGUCUCACUUCGUAGUGCAUAAAAUGGAAAAAUAAUCAUAAAUAAAAAUAAGCAAUUCGACACACAGUUUAAACAACAUAAACGCACACAAUAAAUUUACUAAUGCGCAUUUAUAAACAGAAGAGCGUAACGUGCAACAACCAAGCUGUGCGCAACACAAGCCAAACACAACAACAACAAGAGAAACAACAACAUCAUCAUCUGGAGGCAAUCGAAAUCUGAAUUUGAGUUGCCAUGUCAGCUCCACUCACACGAAAUGUACCGUAUUUAAAGCAGCAACUAGCUGCUCUGCUGCACAACACGUCGCCAGUAAUAACGUUGAUCUGUUUAGUAACAACAGUUGGCUAUCUGUUAUCGUAUUCAGAAACAGCAAUAUUGCUGCUAAGCGUAACGCCAGGUUACAUUUUGCCCAACGGUAAAUUUUGGAUAUGGACCGCCUUUACCUUCUGCUUCAUCGAGCUACACUGGUGGGAGGUGAUAGUGGACGUGGUGACAGUUGGACUGUGUGGAAAAAUGUUGGAGCCGCUGUGGGGUCAAUUCGAAAUGUUCAAAUUCUUUGCGCUAAGCAAUUUUGGCGUUUCGCUUGUAACGACGAUCUAUUAUCUAUUCUACUAUAUGGUUACGAAGAAUCCGACAAUAUUAUUUGACGUACACAUUCAUGGUUUGGCUGGCUAUGUGGCUGGCAUUUGUGUGGCUGUGCGGCAAAUUAUGCCCGAUCAUCUAAUAUUCAAAACACGCUACGGACGACUGACUAAUCGGAAUGUUCCUUUGACUGUGCUCAUCUUGGCCAUCAUUGGCUGGGCUAUUGGCUUACUGGAUGGCACAUAUCCGGCUAUGUUUGCCUCUGGUGCUAUUGUCUCAUGGAUAUAUUUGCGGUUCUAUCAGCAUCAUCCAAAUGGUCGUGGCGAUAGCUCUGAGAGCUUCACCUUCGUUAGCUUCUUUCCAAAUGUGACACAGCCCUUUAUUAGCCUUCUAGUGAAUCCUAUAUACAAUUGUUGUUUGCGUGCUGGCGUUGUUAAGACGCCUUCGCCAUUGCGUACGAUCUCAACAGCAAGCUUGACUUCCAUAUCGGUUCAAAUGCCUGGAGUGGAUCCACAUGAUAUUGAGCGCAGACGACAAAUUGCUCUGAAGGCUUUGAGCGAGAGACUUAAGGCUACGGACUCCACGCGUCAUGCACAGCUACCCAAAUCCUUUCCUCAACAACAACAGCAACAGCAUCAUCACCAUAAUCAACAUCAUCAGCAUCAGCAUCAACAUCAUCAUCAGCAGCAACAACAGCAGCAGCAGCACAAGCAACAUAGCCACAGUCAUGGCCAUAAUCAUGGUCACAGUCACGGUCACAGCCAUGGCCAUUUAGCUGGUGCUGGUGCUGCUGCAGCACCUCAGCCGGAUUUCGUUAAGCCUGCAGCCCAGCAGAUGCAGCCGAUUACAACUGCGCACGCUGAGCCACGCAUGAUCAGCACGAUGAGCACCAUUGCAAUACCCAUGCCGGCGCCGCCGCCCAAAGAGGAGGAGCAAACGAAUGAGACGCUUAUUCAAUUGGACGCGGAGUCCAAUUAGACAGUUUAUAUAUAUACAUACAUAUAUAUAUAUAUUUUAACAUAAAUGAAUUUGAUUUGAGCU